AUGGACGCCGCGGCACACGACCACGAGAAGAGCACCGACGCCAGUAUCGGAGAGGGUGCGAGUACGGCCAACUCUCCCGAUUUAGCCACGCUUCCCAUCCGCACUGUCAAUUUUCCCGACGCCGACCCUUCGCAUGAGCAUGACGACAAGCAGCCCCGCGGUGUCGAGCUGCGCCAGCACAUGACGCAGGAGGAGAUACAACUUGCCGCGGCUGGUUACGAGCACCUUGACCAGGAGAAGAAGGGGAAGAGCGAUGAAGGCGACGAUUCAAACGUCGAUAUCCGGGAGCAUCAGCUCUCCCUAGUAGAGCUUGCAGAGACCCUCAAGACCUCGUUCGAGCCAAAGAACCCCUCCACCUCAUAUGGUCUGACUGCAGACGAUGCGGCCGCUCGCCUUCUGGCUGACGGGCCCAACAUGCUCACACCGCCCAAGAAGAAGUCCGCGCUGAGAAAGUAUUUGGACUGCUUACUGAAUCUGUUCAACAUCAUUCUGAUCAUCGCUGGUUGUCUGGAGUAUAUUCUCCUGGGCGUCGACUUCAAGGACAACUUCGCCAACACGUAUCUUGGGGGUAUCCUCAUCGCGGUUGCGUUUCUGAACGCCUUCAUCGAGUUCUACCAGCUGCAGAAGUCUGCGGCCAUCCUCCAGAGUUUCCUUGCGCUCAUACCACCGUCUGCGAGAGUGGUUCGUGAUGGUACCCUCACAUCGGUCCCAGCAGCCAAUCUUGUUAAAGGCGAUGUGGUUCUACUACGUGUUGGGGACAAGACUCCCGCGGACUGUGUGAUCAUUUCGGCGACUGACCUCAAGGUGGACAACAGUAGUUUGACUGGCGAAUCGGAGCCGCAAGAGCGGAUGGCGAAGCCUAACGGCAUGUCAUGUCGUGCUGUUGAGGCGGAGAACGUCGCUUUCAACUCCACCCUUAUCGUCAACGGCGAGGCUUAUGGAGUCGUCAUCCGCACUGGCGAUCACACCCUCAUCGGGCAGAUCGCAAAGCUCACUGGUAGCGAGUCGGGCAACAAGAGCCCGCUUGGCACGGAAAUCGCGCACUUCGUCUCCCUUGUAGCGACAGUCGCUGGCUUCUUUGCAGUCGUAUUCUUUGUUGUGGGCAUAACUACGGCGUACAAGGGACAGGCCUCGCUUACAGUAACGUUUGCGGUGUCAGUUCUGGUCGCCUUCGUGCCGGAGGGGCUGCCGUCGGUUGUCACUUUGCUGCUCUCCAUCGCGGCGAAGCGCAUGGCUGCUCAGAAUGUCCUUGUCAAGGACCUGCAGGGUGUCGAAACGCUUGGAUCUUUGACCUUGCUUGCAACGGAUAAAACCGGGACUCUCACCAGGAACAUGAUGACCGUGACCAAUCUGUGGAAUGGAACCAAGAUGUACUCCGCCUUUCAGUCGAACAACGACGAGGAUGACACAGCAGUUUUCUCCCGUAGUGAACCCGGCAUGGAUGACCUACUUUCCGUCGCGGCUCUCAACUCUCGCAUCAAGUUUGACAGGACCGACGUCCCCUUCGGGCAACGUGAGAUCCUCGGUGACGCCACAGAAACCGGCCUUUCUAGGUUUGCUGGGCGGCAGAUUGACGACUACGACGCCUACAUCGCGCGGUAUCCCAAGGUCUUCGAAGUACCCUUCAACUCAUCUAACAAGUGGGCGCUAGUCAUCGUCAACAAGCCGCAUCACUCCGGUAGUUUGAUCUCAUACAUCAAAGGAGCGCCCGAACGCGUCCUCGCCAAGUGCUCCCACUACGCCAAGCCGAACGGCGACGUUGUGCCGAUUAACGAUGCCUUCCGUGCAGAGUACGAGUCCGCGUACAACUACAUGGCCUCCCGCGGGCAUCGAGUCAUUGGUUGCGCUCAAAAGCUGCUCUCAGGCGAACGCUACCCCAGGAACUACGGCUUCUCUAAGAACGAUCUCAACUACCCGACCGAGGGCUAUACGUUUGCUGGACUCAUCUCGCUCGAGGACCCGCCGAAGCACGGCGUACGCGAAGCGAUCGGAACGCUGCGACUGGCGGGCAUCAAGGUCAUGAUGGUUACUGGAGACCACCCAAAGACCGCUGAGGCCAUCGCGCGCAAGAUCAAUCUCAUUCUCGGAGACACGAAGGAGACGCUCAGCGCCAAGACGGGCCGGCAUGUUGAUCAGAUAUACGAUGACGAGGUCCAGGCGGUGGUCAUACACGGAGACGACAUCGACACCCUCGAGGGCUGGCAAUGGGAUCUGAUCUUCAGCAAGCAGGAGAUCGUGUUCGCGCGGACUUCUCCUCAGCACAAGCUUGAGAUCGUCAAGCGUGCUCAGGCUCUUGGGCAUAUCGUCGGAGUGACUGGUGAUGGUGUCAACGACUCCCCUGCACUCAAGAAGGCUGAUUUGGGCAUUGCCAUGAACAUUUCCGGUUCUGAUGUCUCGAAGGAGGCCGCAAACAUGAUCCUUCUGGACGACAACUUCGCCUCAACUGUCAAGGGUGUGCAGGAAGGCCGCCUGAUCUUCGUCAACCUCAAGCGGUCUAUUCAAUACACCAUCUCCCACAGUAGUCCGGAGGUUAUCGCUCAGCUUCUUUACGUUGUGGUACCGAUCCCGAUCCCACUGUCUGCCAUUCUUAUUCUCGUCAUUGAUCUUGGCUUUGAACUGUUCGUCGCGCUUUCUUUCGCGUGGGACAAGCCAGAAUCGGCUGAGGCCGUCAUGCGUUUGGGUCCCCGUAAACCCGUGAAUGACCGCUCAAUCACCAGUCUUAAGCGUCGCGCUCUCCGACGCAGCAAGACCCUUGCGCGCGAUGCCGAAACGAACGAGGUCAUACAGCCGAGCCGCUUCUCUCUCUGGGCAGAGAAGCUCAAGGCACCAUUCACCAAGACGUACUGGCAAGACAAGCUCGAGAAGACGGACAAUGAGACGCUGGUUGACAACAGGCUGCUGAGUUAUGCUUACCUGGAGGCUGGUAUGAUCGAGACCGUUGGCUCACUCGUCGCAUACUUCGUCGUCUUCUGGAAACAGGGCUUCUCCCCUAGCGACCUUCAUCGUGCCCAAAGUGCUGGGAAUGUUUACUUCAAGAGCGAUAGCCCUGACUUCGUCAACUACCGCGGUGACAGCUUGAGUGGCUCACAGCAAGUGCAAGCUCUGGGGCAGGCGCAAGGCAUUGUGUACCUUUCCAUCUUCAUCAUGCAGGCGUUCAAUGUAUUCGCUGUCAAGGCUAGAUUUACUUUCCCGUUCGGUCGCGCGGCCGUGGGGAACCCGUACAACUUUGCGGGCAUACUUGCGGGCGCCUGUCUGGGCAUCUUCAUCAUCUACACACCGCCGCUGCAUGUAGUUUUCGGAGGCUCAUUCCACCUCUCUCCGUUGUACUGGCUCAUUCCGGUCGGCUUCGGCUGUCUACUUCUUGUAUGGGCCAGUAUUCGCGUGCUGUUGAUGCGCAAAGCCAUCGCGCAGGCACGGGUCAAGGAUAUCAAAGGUCUCAUGAUGUUCCCGACAAUGCGUACUAUGAGCGUUCGCACACGCAGCCUGCAUUGA